UCUUUAGGCUUGACUCGGUGCCAUAUUCAAAAUUAAAUCCUGUCGAGUAAUUAAAGCUACCACUUGAGUCUAAAGAAUUUCUCUUGCAACUCACUUUGAGCUGAGCACAUGAUUGAGUCAAAUUUGUAUUAUACUUUGUUCAACGCAGAUUACAUCGCUGAAUACGAACAGCGCUGUGUCGGUCUGCACACGUCUCAUUGUUACGAGUGUACGGAGUACAGCUGUGAGCAGCGUGAUGGCGAAUUAUAAUAAGAGCAGCGCGCAGUCAAGCAAUUCCACACGCCCGUGACGAGUCCCGUCAGUCCUAAGUCCAGUCUUCGGCACACGUUCAAUUCCGACUAUUAUGAAACACCAUACAGAUCUCAGCGGCCUGCGAGCUGCAGCGGCAGCUUUUCUAUUUGUCCAAGGUACCAACGCUGGCAAGGUUUACUGUGCCGACGUACAAGAGAAAGUAGUAGCGGAAGCCAACUGCAACGGCCAAGCGACACCCGGAACGUACUACAUGUUCAAUAGCGAAGAAGAACACGCCAUCGGCUCAAAAGUCGACCUAAAGGACGCACAAGUAUACGACAGCACCGACGCUUUCGAAAAGCGGCACGAAUUGUUCCCGGCCGAUAUCCCACUACAAGAAUUCGAAUCUGAUGGCUUUGGGAAACGUGCGUGUCGAGUUGGAGGUGUUGGUGGAGGCUACCGUGGGGGUGUAUUCGUGCCUUACUACGGCGGUCGGGUAAUCGGCGGUGGGGUUGGUGGUUGAUAAUCGCAGGCGUUGCUAUCUGAAGAUUGAGCAAAGCGCAAACGCCGCGAAGCCAGCGAGGCGUGCACACUAUGUUUCUUAAUCGUAGUUCUGGCAGAAACGUCGGUUACCCAUUAUGUCAGUCUCAUCUACGGUCUUCAUAGUGUCGCUUGCAUCAAUUUCCAGAAGCGUACUAGUAAAGAGAGUUCUGGGCUAUCGCCUGUUCCUGUCUACAGACAGUCAUGGACACCAUCAGCCCAGUAAAUGAUCAAAAACGUAUAACAUCGGGUUUUCGCUGGUCACCAAUCAAAACACUUACCC